AUGGCCCUUCUUCUGCCCGACCCUACCCUCCUUCCAAUCGCCCUAACCCUUCUACCACCUGGUGGCCUCCUACCGCCCCCGACCAACUGGCUGAUCCCGGUGCCUACUAGUCAGGAAGCCCGCGCUCUCCUCAAUCGAUACGCCGCCCUACAGGGAUACGCUAUCACCGUGAAGAAUUCGAACGACUGGUCGGCCUACCUACAUUGCGAUCGCAGCGGCCUACCCGUAAAGCACGAUAAACCCCCAUCUAGCGGGCGAUCUUUCACCUCUCGCCGCUGCGGCUGCCACUUCGCUGCAUAUCUAUCCAAAGUGCAGGGCGGCUGGCUCCUUGAGGUCAGGGAGGGCUCUCAUAGUGGCCAUAUGGCCUCCGAACCAUCUACGCAUCCAAUCCACCGCCGCUAUCAGCUCAAAGGUCUCAGAGACCGGGUAGUUCGCCUAUUCAUGGAGGGUCGUACCAACCUAGAAAUACUCGACAUUUUACGCGAGGCGAAAGCCCUCGACGAAGGAGCUAGUAGCAAAUCCAGCGCCGACCUGAUUGACCCUUACCGCGCUCCAAUUUGCCUCAACAGAAGAGAUAUCCGCAACCUUCGUUAUCGUGCGAGGAGGGAGUUACUUAAGGGCUGCUCACCUACAGCGGCUCUUCUUUUAGGCCUAGACGGUUGGGAAAUCGAUUGGGAUGCGGAGGCGGGCAGUCAACGGCGUAUUCGGAGUGUCAUCUGCGUCUCUCAAUCCGGCCUCGACCUGCUAGCUCGAUACCCUUCUCUACUAUGGAUUGAUGCUACCUAUAAGACCAAUCGCUUUCGGAUGCCUAUGGUUGAUAUCGUCGGAAGAUCAGCGAAUGGAGGCACUUUCUAUGUUGCCGUUGCUUUUGUUUCUGAUGAAAAGGAGGGCUCUUACCGCUGGGUGUUAGAGAAGCUGUGUGAUUUCCUACAUUCCCGUUCGAUCCCCCUUCCUACCACUACAUUCUCCGAUGAUGCGGAAAGCUUAUUGGCUGCCCUUGAUGCUGUCAUGCCCGAUACGAGGGCUUUGCUAUGCGUGUGGCAUAUUCAGAUGAACAUUGAGAAGCGAUUGCGGCCAAUGAUCCAGCAGCAUAUACUGGUCUAUCUUGAGAUGGAGGGCGACGUUCGACCAGAAACAAAUGCGCGUUGGCAAUCCGCGAAAGAGCUUUUCAAUCAAGUCAUCUUUGCACCUACAGUAUAUGAGAUGGAGGCUUGUUGGAAGAGCUUUAAAAAGGAAUUCAAACACAAGGUUUUUGCAGAAGCAAUUCAAUACAUCACUGAUCAGUGGAUGAAGGAUGGUAUGAAGCAGCGAUUUCUCCGUUGCUACACCAACCAAAAGCUCCACUUCGAAGAAACCUCAUCCUCCCGGGUCGAGGGGGCCCAUGCAUAUCUCAAAAAAUUCACCAAAACCUCAGUCGGUGAUUUGUUAAGUGUUAUGCGUGCGGUUCGAACCGCAGCCAAGGAGCGCCAUAUUAAAAUCAACCAAUCGCUCGCGGAAGACCGUCAAAAGCUCCCUGAUAACCUCCUUGUUCCCUUGUUCCGGUUGGUAUUGGGUUGGGUAGCCCCGUAUGCCUUACAGCUCGUUGCUCGGCAGCUAGUUGCAUACCAGGCGAAUGAAUUGAUAGUAGUGGAUUGCACCCACUACUAUCGGCAGGCGCUCGGAUUACCCUGUAUUCACGAGAUUUUGGUGGCCCUAGAAGGCGAUGAGCCUCUUACAAGGUCGCAGUUCCAUCGGCAGUGGUGGUUGCUGACAUCGACCGAAGAUGAUUACCAGCCACUUUACUUAGAGCAAGUGCUUCGGAUCAAUGACCCUGCGAAUGUCAAAGUGAGUGGUCGGCCUGCUAGAGCAGCUAAUCACGCUCGAAAGGAUCCCAAGGUAGUGGCAGCGAAAGAGGCCGCCAUUGCCGCUGCCCGCCAGAAAAUCGCCAAUGCCUGUCAUGAAGCAGCAACCCGCCGGUCAACGCGGUUAUCCCGGUCCACGAAGCGGGAUCCCUCUGGAUUCGAGAUUGUGAGGAACGAAACGGAUUAUAUUGGGCGUGCAAAUAGGGCGAAGGGCGCUGCAAAGGGUGUAAAGGGUGUGAAGGGUGUGAAGGGUGUGAAGGGUGUGAAGGGUGUGAAGGGUGUGAAGGGAGGGCGAAAGAGCCGGUGA